AUGUUACGCAAUCACAACAUUAUGCACAACAUUCGAGAGUGGCCGCCGUGCGCCGCGCGAGAUUCCUGCUACGGAAAACACUGGAGAGGAUGAGUUAUUAAAAAAGUAUUUUUAAAUCACGGCGUGCAUAUUUGUUAUGAUCCGUCGUGCGAGUCGAGAAGUCGGCAAACUUGUUUCGCAGCGAUUCGUAACUUCGGCGUGCGCGAUCAACAGAAAUCAGUCGAAAGCUAGCAUUCACAUAUCAUCAAUCGUAAACAUGGUUGAUAAGGAGGAACUGCGAAAGCGCUUAACUCCGUUACAGUAUCAAGUAACACAGGAGAAAGGCACGGAACGACCCUUUACAGGAUGUUAUAACAAAACCUAUGAUAAGGGCACUUACGUUUGCAUUUGUUGCGAACAACACCUCUUCAAUUCCGAUACCAAAUACGACAGUGGUUGCGGUUGGCCGGCGUUCAAUGAGGUCCUUGCAGAGGGAAGAGUGAAUCUCUCUCCAGACACCAGCGGUGUUGGAGCUAACCUUCUACUCCUGAUAACCCAACCAGGUCGAGUCCGCACCGAGGUCACUUGUUCCAAGUGCAACGCUCAUCUCGGACAUGUCUUCGGCGAUGGCCCACCUCCGACAGGCAAACGUUUCUGCAUCAAUUCGGCCUCCAUCAACUUCAUACCGGCGCCAAAGGAGGGCGAGAGCUAAUCUGCAAUCAACAGACCUAUUUUCACCGAUUUGGCCUAGCGUAUUUGUUUACUAACGAAUCUUUGUUGCUUCACAGUGAUUACGAUGACCUUACAUUUAAUAUUGAUUGGUGUUGCACCUGAAAAUAUCCUAUGUUGAAUACUAACUAUGUUUUUAUUGAAUUUUAUAUAGCUUUUGUUUUUAUUAUCUCGAAAUUGUUCAGAAUAAGAUUAGUUUGUUAAAAUGUUUAAAAAUAAUGUGGUUUCGAAUAAAAUAAUUUAACAAUCUAA